GAGAUGGCAGCGGGUGAGACUCAGAUCUAUGCCAAGGUUUCCAACAAGCUCAAGGGCCGCAGCACCACCUCGCUCCUGGACCCUCUCCUGGGCAUGGGCUUCCCGGCACACACCGCGCUCAAGGCGUUGGCAGCGACUGGAAGGAAGACGGCGGCGGAGGCGUCAGACUGGCUGCACUGCCAUUGCAAUGACCCUUCUCUUGACGACCCCAUCCCCCAGGAGUACGCCCUUUUCCUCUGUCCCACGGGGCCCCUGCUGGACAGACUUGAAGAAUUCUGGAGAGAGAGCAGGCGUCAGUGCUCCAAGAACAGAGCCCAUGAGGUCUUCCCUCACAUAACGCUCUGUGACUUCUUCACGUGCGAGGACCAGAAGUUGGAGUGUCUGUAUGAAGCACUGAAGAGAGCCGGGGAUAGGACCCUGGGCGCCUUCCCCUCGGCCGUGCCUCUGGUUCUCCAUUCUUCCGUCAGCUACCUGGGCUUCUUUGUGGAUGACAGCACCGCAGACAUCAUCCAGGAAUUUGCUGUGAUGUUCGCCACAGAAGCUUCCAUCUUAGCAGACUGCACCGUGAAGCCCUGCACCAAGCAGCUGCAUCUCACCCUGGCCCACAAGUUCUAUCCCCACCACCAGAGGACGCUGGAGCAGCUGGCCAGAGCCGUCCACCCCGGCCACGGCUGCCAGUGGACGGCCGCACUCUACUCCCGGGACAUGCGCUUUGUACACUACCAGACCCUGAGGGUCCUGUUCCAGUACAAACCGCAGAACAUGGAUGAGCUGACACUCAGUCCCGGCGACUACAUCUUCGUGGACCCCACUCAGCAGGAGGAAGCCAGCGAGGGCUGGGUGAUUGGGAUCUCGCAGCAGACCGGCUGCCGGGGCUUCCUGCCCGAGAACUACACGGAGCGAGCUAGCGAGUGUGACACCUGGGUGAAACACAGGACGUACACCUUCAGUGUAGCCCCAGACCCGAGCUCCGGGAAGGACGGUGAAGCCAGCAGCAGACGGAACGGAGAGCCUCAGCGUCUGCCCGCGUCCCAGAGCAGCAGCCUGCAGUCCCUACAGGCCACCAUAUUGAGGAAAAGCGUCCUGGUGGUGCGCCAUGGGGAGAGAGUGGACCAGAUCUUCGGGAAGUCCUGGCUGCAGCAGUGUUCCACUCCCGACGGGAAAUACUACCGACCAGACCUGAACUUCCCUCGCAGUCUGCCCAGACGGAGCCAAGGUAUCAAAGACUUUGAAAACGAUCCACCUUUAUCGUCCUGUGGAAUUUUCCAGUCCAGAAUGGCAGGGGAAGCUCUGCUCGACAGUGGCAUCAGGAUCACCUCCGUCUUCACCUCCCCAGCCCUCCGCUGUGUGCAGACAGCCAAACACAUCCUGGAAGAGCUCAAACUGGAGAAGAAAAUUAAGAUAAGAGUGGAGCCCGGAAUCUUUGAAUGGACCCAAUGGGAGGCUGGCAAAACCACCCCAACCCUCAUGACCCUGGAAGAGCUGAAAGAGGCCAACUUCAACGUCAGCAUGGAUUAUAGGCCCGCCUUCCCCCUUCCCUCCCUCCUGCCCGCCGAGCGCUACGAGGAUUACUUGCAUAGGUGUGCGGUGAGCAUGGAACAGAUGGUCAGCAUCCGCCCGCAGGAUGUGGGCGUCAUCCUGGUCGUGGGCCAUGGCUCGGCGCUGGACUCCUGCACGCGCCCACUCCUUGGGCUGCCGCCCCGGGACUGCACAGUGUUCACCCAGCUAGUGAGGAAGAUCCCUUCUCUGGGUAUGUGCUUCUUAGAAGAAAACAAAGAAGGAAAAUGGGAGCUGGUGAACCCUCCCGUGAAGACGCUGACUCAUGGUUCAAACUCAGCGUUUAACUGGAGAAACUGGAUCCUGGGCAACUAA